AGGCACUGCCUGAGUGGGCGGGACCGUUUACAAGGCCCCUCCCACCUUUCCCUUGGGGCUUCCUUAAAAUCUGGUUCUCAACCUUUCUGAAGCCAGUCGGAGAAGACCCCAGCACCAGCACCAUGCCUAUGACACUGGGUUACUGGAAUGUCCGAGGACUGACUCACCCCAUCCGCCUGCUCCUGGAAUACACAGACUCAAGCUAUGAGGAGAAGAGAUACACCAUGGGGGGCGCUCCCAACUUUGACAGAAGCCAGUGGCUGAGUGAGAAAUUCAAUCUGGGACUGGACAUUCCCAAUCUGCCCUACUUAAUUGAUGGGUCCCACAAGGUCACCCAGAGCAACGCCAUCCUGCGCUACAUUGCCCGCAAGCACAACCUGUGUGGAGAGACAGAGGAGGAGAGGAUUCGUGUGGACACUCUGGAGAACCAGGUUAUGGACACCCGCAUACAACUCAUGAUAGUCUGCUGCAACCCGGACUUUGAGAAGCAGAAGCCAGGGUUCUUGAAGGCCAUCCCUGAGAAGAUGAAAAUCUAUUCUGAGUUCCUGGGCAAGCGGCCAUGGUUUGCAGGGGACAAGGUCACCUAUGUGGAUUUCCUCGCUUAUGAUAUCCUUGACCAGUACCAAAUGUUUGAGCCCAAUUGCCUGGAUGCCUUCCCAAAUUUGAAGGACUUCUUGGCCCGAUUUGAGGGCCUGAAGAAGAUCUCUGCCUACAUGAAGAGUAGCCGCUUCCUCCCGAGACCUGUGUUUACUAAGAUAGCCCAGUGGGGCACCGAUUAGGCCCCUGCCAUGCUGGCACUCACAGGGAGGACCUGUCCACACUGGAUCCUCCUGGCUCUGGGGACAGCUGACCUUCUGCACUGCUGCCUUAAGGUUCUCGCUUUUUUCUCCUUCCCCUCCCUUCUCCACAAGGCUUUGCCAGCCCCCUGAUUCCUAAUCAGGCCUGCUCUAGUCAAGCCCAUGUAGUCUUCAUCUCCCCACUUCCUAAACCAAGCACACAGCCCUUUUCUAUGAUUUGAUGGUCUGCCCUGAACUCUAGUCCCCAAAAUUACCCUAAAGGUCAAUACUGUCUCCAGUUCCAACCUGUUCUCAGUGGAGGGGCUGCCCCAGGCCUGUCUCAUCUCCAAUAAAGUCUGAAACACACUU